CCGUGGCCAUGGUCACGAACACCUGUUGCACCUCCUCCCACCCGUUUCGCAACCUACCGCUGCUUCAUUUAGCGCAACGAAGAAUCGGUUCGAUCUCUUGACCAUCACUCCUUGAACAUCUCCCUCACGACAUGGACAAGCUAUCAUUGUGGACGACCGGUUGGCGCCUUGGUCUUCUGACCAUCUUCAUUCUAAUACUCAGCUAUCUCUACUUCCAAAAGCGCCGCCAGGAUGAAGCCGAUGAGCUCUUCGGACGACAGCAUGGUUGCCAACCCAUUAAGAGCAAACUGCCCUACAGAUGGCCGUUGGCUAUUGAUGUCUUCAAAGGCCAGUAUGAUGCCUUGAUGCGUGGAGCCUUGCUCGCCUAUCAAGCGGACUUCUUCCGAAAUUUCGAAGUCGGCCAAACUUUUGAGGUCAGGCUUCUAGGUCGAGUCGGCUAUUUUACCAUGGAUCCCAAGAACCUGGAGCACAUGCUACAGACCCAGUUCGACAAAUGGGCGCUUGGUAAUAGCCGUGAUGCACUUUUACCUAUGAUCGGCCACGGCAUCUUCACACAAGACGGUCCAGCAUGGAAGCAUUCGCGAGAGCUUCUUCGACGACAAUUCGUCAGGAUGCAUUAUCAAGACAUAUCGAGUUUCGAAGGGCCAGUCAAUGACUUGCUGGCACACCUGCAGCCUUGCACAGGUGUUGUCGAUCUUCAGCCAGCCUUCUUCAGUUUCACUUUAGCAACCACAGUCGCUCUAAUAUUUGGUGAGCCUUUCGCAGGCCUCAAACACAGCGAACACGCCGCAUUCGCGGAAGCCUUCGACUACACGUCAUUGAUCUCAGCGAUGCGUAUGCGACUGGCUGAAUGGUACUGGAUUUAUAACCCAAGUAAAUACAGGAAAGCCUGUGCUCUGAUCAAUAAUUAUGCUACGCAUUACGUCAACCACGCUCUGAAAGAAUUGGAAGAGAAUGGGGAAGAUGUUGCUACCAAGCGCCAUCCUUUCAUCCUCGAUCUCUUCAGAGAGCUCCAGCACCCCAAGUUGGUUCGUGAUCAACUCAUGAACGUAUUAAUUGCGGGCAGAGACACUACUGCCUGUCUGAUGUCAUGGGCGUGUUAUCAGCUAGUCCGACACCCAGCAUCCCUUGAGCGCCUUCGCCAAGAGAUCCUGAGGUUUACCACAACUGGGGAAAGGCUGACGAGAGCCGACAUCAACAAAAUGACUUACCUUCGAUGCGUCCUCAACGAGACCAAUCGCUUGUACACUCAAAUUCCUGUGAACAUUCGAAUAUCUAGAGAAACAACAUUUCUGCCAAAGGGUGGUGGCCGAGACGGCGAAUCACCUUUAUUAAUACCCAAGGGGACCGGUGUCGGAUUCUCUGCAUACCAUAUGCAUCGUAGCAAAGAUAUCUACGGCGAGGACGCAAAUGAAUUCCGUCCAGAAAGGUGGGAGGGACCAGAGUUGCGAAAUAUCGGGUUCGCUUUCAUGCCGUUUCAUGGCGGACCAAGAUUAUGCCUCGGAAAAGAUUUUGCACUGACGGAGGCAUCAUACGGCCUUAUUCGUGUCCUUCAAGAGUUUCCCAACCUCAGAAUUGCGCCUGGAGCUUCGAAAGUAAUGCCGGGAAGGGAGAAGCAGAAUCUCACUAUUGUUGUCUCAAGUGCUGAAGGAUGCAAGGUUCUAUUGCAAUAAGCG